UUUGUUGCUGGGCGCGGGUUUUUUUCUAGUUGCCGCAAGCGGGGGCUACUCUUUCGUCGCAGUGGGCAGGCUUCCCAUUGCGGUGGCUUCUCUUGUUGUGGAGCACGGGCUCCAGUGGUUGUGGCACGCGGGCUCAGUAGUUGUGGCUCACGGGCUCUAGAGCGCAGUCUCAGUAGUUGUGGCGCACGGGCUCAGUUGCUCAGCGGCAUGUAGGAUCCCGGACCAGGUUUCGAACCCGUGUUCCCUGCAUUGGCAGGCGGAUUCUUAACCACUGCGCCACCAGGGAAGCGUGAAUGCUAUGUACUUUUAUUUCCACUGGCCUAACAAGACUGCGCAUUUUGUAGAUGAGGAAACUGAGUCACAACAAAUAAUUGCUGAACUCCUUGGGGUCACAGGCGUUGAAGUGGCUUUGAGCCACCCACUCGGACCACCCUUGGCUGCAGCCUCAGGCCCCAGAUCCCUCCCACUCCAUCGGAGCCAGCCCUUGGCCCCUUCCUGCCCAGUGCCACAGGAGUCUUGAAGAACGGCGCAAACGCCCGGUCGCUGCUUGGAGAGAUGCUCGGGUAAGAGUAAGCAGGACAGCAUACAGUUGAACCAACACGGGUCUGCAAACAAGUUCCCGAAUAGGACGCGCUCGUGCGCAUGCGCGAGCACGCUCAUGGGCGGGACCUCGACCUCAGGUCCGCCCAGCCGCCGUACGUUUCCUCUUCCGAGGAGAGGCGGGGCCGCAGCGCCCGCGGGAAACGCGGUCCCGGGUUGCUCGGCUGGCAACAGCGGCGGGAAUGGCAAGCUUGGGGAGUUUGGUCCUGCGGCCUUGGAUUCGAGAGCUGGUUCUAGGGUCAGAGGCACUCUCAAGCCCGCGGGCGGGGCAGCUGCUCAAGGUACUGCAGGAGGCCGAGGCCCCGGGCCCGUCCCGCGCUCCCGACACGUCUGAAGGGGCCACGCUACUUGUGUCCGACGGGACCCACAGUAUUCGAUGCUUGGUGACGCGGGAGGCUCUGAACGCCUCGGACUGGGAGGAGAAGGAGUUCGGUUUUCGAGGGGCAGAAGGCCGGCUGCUGCUACUGCAAAACUGCGGGGUCCGCGUCCAAGUCGCCGAGGCAGGCGCGCACGCGGAGUUCUACCUCCAGGUGGACCGCUUCAGCCUGCUGCCCACGGAGCAGCCCCGGGAACGGGUGACUGGUUGCAACCAGGACCCGGAUGUGCGGAAAAAGCUCUAUGACUGCUUGCAGGAGCACCUUUCAGAGUCCACCUCCCCCAGUGCAGGCCUUUCACUGUCCCAACUUCUGGAUGAGGUAGAGGAGGACCAGGAGCAUCGGGGGACGCUAGUGAGCCUGGCUGAGAGCUGUCUGAUGCUGGCAGGCCCUUGCACAGCACCCCCCCUCACCCGCUGGGCGGCCUCACGCUGCAGAGCCACGGGAGAAGCUGUGUACUCUGUCCCCAGCCUAUGGCUGCACAUCUCAGAGAAUGACCAGCAAAUCCUGAGCUCUCUGGGCCCAGGUCAGAGGGCACAGGGCCCUGAGCUACCCCCACCACACCCGGCUCUACAGGACCUAUCGCUGACUCUCAUCUCCUCUCCUCCUUCCUCACCCAGUUCCUCAGGAGCCCCUGCCCUACCCAGCCACAUGCUGUCAGAGGAAAGUGGUGCCAGUAUCAGCCUUCUACCUGCCUUGCCCUUGGCUGCUGCAGACCCAGCGCAGAAGGGCAGCUCCCAGCCCCUGUCAGCCAUCUGCUCAGCCCAUGGCCCCCUGCCCCCCAGUUCCCCACACCCCAGCCAUGUACCCAACUCCCCACCCCUGAGCUGCACCCCCAGUCUACACCAAGCCCCUGUAACCAUGGCCCAGAGACCUAGUCUGGAGUUCAAGAAGCUAGAGUUACCCCCUAAGACUCGGCAGCCCUCUCCAAGGACAAGAACCACCAAGGAAGCCCUGGAGUCCAGCUCUGUCUGGGACCCCGCAAAGACGCAUCGUGACGGUUCUGCCUUCCAAUAUGAGUACGAGCCACCCUGCCCCUCCCUGUGUGCCCAGGUCCAAGCUGCCAGGCUCCCUCCCCAGCUUGUGGCCUGGGCCUUGCACUUUCUGAUGGAGCCACAGCCAGAGGCUGAACUAACCCAGGUGUGAGGGGUCGUGAGCACGUGGGAGGAUGCGUGCACGGGUCCGUGCCUGGGGGUGGAUAAACAGGGCUUCACACCAGCUUCCUUUAAGUUUUUUAAUAAAAUAAUCUCAUGCGGCAGGAAAGGAGAAGGUCAGGGGUUGGGGCCGCCGCCUCUUUGGUCUGUGGCUGGGGAUGGUGGGCUCCGCUCAGGGUCUGAGGGCUCUGUAGACUGUGGGGGUAGAGGCUCGGCUCCGAGGCCAGAUCCUGCACAGGGAGAGAGGAAGGGUCAGGACUGGAGUGAGCAGGCCUGCCGCCCACCCAACUGGCUCCAGCCCCCUUUACCUAUGCUUGGAGAUGGAGGUGCCUCAAGCUUUGGCCUGCGCUUGAGGACAGGGGAGCGCUGCAGCCGCCGGGGCCGUUCUGAGGGAUACAGAAAGACUUGGGGAGGGUUGCUAAGGGCUUGCUGCCUGUCCUUGACCCCCACGCACACUUGCCUUCAGAGCCUCCCCCUUCCCCAGCAUCCUCCCACCCCUGGCAGAGGUUGCUUUUGUGGAGGUAGAGCCAGGGCUAGUAGGAAGGGCUUCUCAGACCCUUGCUCCUGGCCUCUGGCUCCCUGAUUUCUCAACCCCUCACGCCACUGGUGGCCCCCUCCGAGGACCAGAGCCUCGAAGGGAGCCCCCCCUCCCCCAUCUCCUCCUGCACUCAAGCACACAUGGAGGUGUCUCCCCUCACCAACAGGGGCCUGGAGCUGGUCCUCAUGCACAGACACUGCUCGUCGACCCGCCAAGAGAGGCCUCGGCCUCAGCUGGCCAUCUGGGGGAGGCCAGGGUAUCAGGGUAUGGUCCCAACAGCUGCCCCCGCUCCAGCCCUUGCCUCCCACCUUCAGGGUCUCCAGAGGAGCUGAGUUCCCAGCAGGGACUCCUCCAGGCCCUAGCCCAGUAUUGGGUGGGGGUUAGGGUACCUGCUUACCUUCAUUCCUGGAGCCUAAGCAAGAAUCCUCUGGGAGGCCCAGGCUGUCUGGGGAGGGGCUGGCUCUUCGGAGGCUUGGGCUGGGACAAGGGGAGGGGGGGCCUGGACCAUCCUGUUGACCCCAGCCACGGCCCCUGAGCUCUGCAUUCAGCUGCUGCCCUAGUGUCUUCCAGGUGGCAGACUCGGGCCCCUGGCCCCCUGGACCAGGUCUGCAUGAAGGGUCUGCAGGGAGAAAGGUGUCAGCCAAGACCUGGGCCAGGCGUCGGAAGUGAACCUGACCAAUGGUUUGAUCCCCUCCAGCCUGUCCCUGCAUGACCCCGCAUGACCCCCAACAUAUACAGUGGCCCUCACUCACCAGCAGACACAGAGUGGGUGCGGGACUUGAUCGAGAUGGGAGGAGCCUCUGUGGAACUGUCCAUAAUGUCACCUGCAAAGGCAGGGCUAGGGGCUUAGGCUUAGUAAGGGGAAGAAAAACAUGGCUAUUCCCACUCUUCUGCCAGGGAGAGCAAACCCCUUGGGGUCUAUCUCCUCCCCAAAAAUGUACUGCCCUAGACCAGGGUCCCACUUACCAUCCGAGCCAGCCUUCUUGAUCUCUCCAUCUUUGCUCUGUAGGAAAUAGGGAAGUUAAGUUUGAUCCUGUCCCACCCUCGUGCUAGCCUUGUCCUUUUAUUCAUUCUUGUUAUAACCGCCACUAAAUGCCCACCGUGGGCUGGGCAAGAACAUGGCAAACCCAGUCCUGGUCCUCUUGGAGCUCAGUCUGUGAUGGUGGACAGUUAACACACAGAAGCAUAUGCAAGCACAGACACAGAAAGUAAUUUCUUAAUUCUGUGAUUCACUUUCUAUACCUUAAUGUUUCUAAAUUCAAGCUGAGUUUCACUUCAUUUGUGUUUCUUAUUUUCCUGAAGUUAUUAAAGGGAUAGUCCGUAGGGUGGUGGUUCUUAUUAGGAACUACGAUCAGAGAGUGGCAUUAGCAGGGGGGCCAUGGAAGAGAGUGAAGGAAGGCCCACAGGGAAAUACAGGGAUGGAUGAAGAGGGACCUGGUGUAGCCCAUGGGUGGGGAUGAGAGGCUGGAAGUGGGGCAGGGAGGAGUUCCAGACAGAGGAACCUGUGUAGAGGCUCUGAGAUGAACCGGGGUUGAGAGCAGCGAGGUGAAAGCAGUGACCAGGGCUGAGACCCCACUGGGCCUUGAGGCAGGAUCAGGAGUUAGGGCAAUGUCUUGAGGGAGGAGGCCCCUGGAGGAUUUGCUAUUUCAAAUGCAGAUGGCAAAGCCAGAUGUCUGUUAGAUCAUCUGUUAGACCAUCCACUUCAAGGAGGAGGUAUCAGUGGCCUGGGUCAGGGUAGAAGCCAAGAGAGAAGAAAGGUUGACUCUGAUGACUUUUAUGGGGAGGGGAAAGAAUCGACAGACCUGUCAUGAGUCUCCUCCUGGUCACAUAAAUCACCCACACAAAACAAGCUACGUGUCACCUGCCUCCUCACUUCCCACGUGUGUCCCUUCCCAGCUCACUUGCUUCCUCUUGCCUUCGGCACUCCCGCUGCCUCUGCUCACGCCAAUCCUCUGCAGCAUCACUUGUACUCGCUGUUCAAAGGUUGGGGCCAGCUCUGUGUCUCCCCGCUCCAGGGGCUGCUGCUGGGGACAGAGAUACCUGAGUGGGGAGAGAGCCCACUGCCCUCACUGUUCCUGCAGAGCCUUCACUCCCUGUCACCAGGCCUCACCUUGUCAGGUCUGGCACCCAACGUUGUCUCCUCCUCCUCAGCAGGUAGCAGUAUCAUGGAGUAGGCCUUGCUUUCCCGAGUGUACCGAGGCCGACUCCUGCGGGUAGGGUCGGGGCUGCUGGUGCCCCCCUCAGCCCCCCCAGCCUCCUCACCACGGCCAGGACGGGCUGGUGGCCGAAGCAAGUCCCCAAGUGUGGUUUUUCGAGAGCGGGGAGCUGCCCCAGGGCUGGUCUCUAGAUCAGGCCGUGACGCACGUGUUGAACGAGGCUUCUUGAAGGCAAAGAGAGUGCCCAGCUUCUUUCGAAGUGUACGGGGGACAGGGGUGGUACCCCCCUCGGCUGCCGGGUCCUCCUCGGGGGCCCAGCUGUGGGGACAGCCAGCAGUAAGUGGGAAGGCCCAUGGAGCAUUCCACUCUCUCCCACCCUUUGCAAUUGCCCCUUACUCACAGGCGAUCCUGAUGGAUCAGCCUUUUGGAGAAGAAUUCCUCCACGCCCUCGUCCACACGGGCACUGAGCCCAUUCCCUUCCUGCGGCAGGGCCGGGGGCACCUGAGGAACACGACAGGGUUAAGGCUCCAGGCUGAGUGCAACUGUGACUUCUCUCCACCUUCCUUGUCCAACGGCAGGCUCUGGGCAACUCCAGGACUUGGGAGCUGCAGUGACCCUAUAGGGCUGCUGACACAAGCUCUCCCACUGUGCAGCUGGUGGGCAGAGAUGCUGGUUUCACGUACCCCCCUCGCCUGUAGUUGGCCCUGGACAUAACCACUUCACACCCAUGCUUGUCCCACAGAGUAUUCUAAACACCCUGAACCACCUGGUCACCAGUAGGCUAGAGCCCACGCACCCGCUGGGUCACACGUUCCCACUUGCCACCCCCUCUGCUCUAAACAGUUCCCUGCAGUACCCUCCACCCCACCCCACCCAGCCUGCUGCCGGCUCAGCGGCGCCUGCUGCUGCGUCAGACCCUCUGGGGGGCCUCAAGCCGGCUCCUCCCCGCCUCUGGCCCCGUGCCCACUGCCCGCGCCAGUACCCAGCCCACACACACACCCGCACCGGACGUGCAGUAAACGCAGGAUUGUCCCCACAGCCGGGGGCCCAGCAUCUUUCAUUAACCCUGGGGGAGGAAGGAUAAGACAGACGCCCCCUCUCACACAUCUACUCAUGCAGCGGCCAACCUGAGGCAGAGUCCUACACCCAAGCGCUCCCCGAACGAAAUCCACACACUCGUGACCCUGCAUGAGCAUGGGGUGGGGGGUUGGCCAAGAAGAAGCCAGAACUCGGCAGUAUGACCAGGUGGUCUUGGGCACCCACCUCCCUGCCGGCCUUCACCCGUAAGGCGCAGGGCCACUCACGACCCUCAAUUUCACGAGCUCUGGAGUGGGGGUAGGGCGCUCACCUGGGGGCCCCCCGGCGGCGGGCGGUGGUGGUGCUGGCGCCGUGGCCGCGGCCGGGCCCGGGUCGGAUGGCGCAGGGGCUGCCCGGCGGGUGGCAGGUCCAUGCGAGGCAAUGGGCCGGCCGGGGGCCCAGGGGCGGCGGGGCUCGGAGAGCCACGAGCAGAUGGCCCCGCCUGCGGCUCUGCAUCUUCCCCCGGAGCCGCCAGCUCGGGCUCCGGCUCUGGUUCCUCAGCAGCACCUGAGGGGAGAGCACCAGAAGAGCACCAAGCGCCAAGCCCAGGGAGGUGGCAGCGG